ACGUUAUUCCGAGAUGAAGCUAUGGAAGCAGCCGCUGCUCUUCUGAGCGAUGACAUAACGUUUGAACAGGCGUGGAUUAUUCAUAAAUUGGAUUGCUUAGGUUGCCUACUACACGAUGUCCACAAUCCUAAGUCAACAAAUUGCCGCGAUAACCCUUACUGUAUCAAGCGGUUAGGACUAGAAAAGUUUGAAAAACUAAUUAAAGCUGAAAAAAUUAAUACCGCCAAGGUUGAGGAGAGCCAAAAGCGACGGAAUAUACUGGAAGUCCCCUGCGGUUUAACCAACUCUGGAAAUUUCUGUUACGUUAAUAGUUUUCUGCAGGUUUGGUACAAUGAUCCGGUUUUUCGGCAGAUAAUUUUUGACUGGCGGCCUUCUGCAGACUACGUUCGGCCUCUUCCACCUGCAAUGGACGUGGAGGCCGUCAUGAAUAGUCUACAACACCUCUUCUAUACGAUGCAGACCACACCAUUCGAGGAUACUGAUGACAAUCGACAUUUUACUGGGGCUCUAAGGCUUGGUAAUGAGCAGCAAGACGCCCAAGAGUUCUCUUUGGGAUCUACAACUCAGCGGAUUUGGUGUACAUGCGGUAAAGAAAGUAAUCGAAGUUCACCUUUUACCGCUCUCCAACUGAAUAUCGACGGGUUCAAAACGCUCCACGAAGUAUUGGAUGCAUAUUUUGGAGAAGAGCUCCUAGAGGAUUACCUCUGCGAUGAAUGUGAGCGAAGGGGUUACGUGAAGCGACAAACACUCCCAGAAAAAUUACCACCGGUUGUCAUGUUGCAGCUGAAUCGAUACGUUUUCGAUGUAAAUGGUAGAAAUCGCAAAUUGAAGACACCUAUCAUUUACCCACGAGAAUUAUCUGCGCGAUCAUUCCACCUGAACGUCUCAAAAUAUGAUGAUUUUGAUUACGAACUUUUCGCUGUUAUGAUUCAUGAAGGCGACAAUACUUAUUGUGGCCACUAUUAUGAUCUUGUACGGCACCCUUUCACAGGCGUUUGGUACAAAUACAACGAUGAGGUAAAUGAUUUUAGUAGUGACCAGAAUUUGGCACCUCAUCUUUCAGAAUACUUUUUUUCUGGUUUUGCCUUUAAUAGAGUUUGCACAAUGCCGUGA